GGCUUCUUAUAUUAGGGGCGUGAGCGCUCGUUGGUUCUAGUAAAUACACUACGUUACACGGAAGUCAUUGCGCCUUCAAAUGUACUGUAUGUAAUAUAAAUCCGCGGUGUGUCAAAAACGUGAAGGUAUUCCGAUUGCUUAACGUGUAUUUUACCAUUGAUUGCCACAGUAUUAUGGUUGUACUUUAAACACAUACGGAAUGUAGGAAUUGAAUGGCGUUAAACUCCGCAGUGACGAGCUUGCUUGCCAAUGUCAUUCAAAAGUGCACACUUGGCUUGCUAGGUGCUAUGUGUUCAGUGGACUGUGGCAGCGGCAGAUGUUGUUAGCUGAUCAGCACCGCCCACCCAUCAGCCAUCCAGCCCUGUCAGGUUCUGUUUGCCUGCUCUUCAGGUAGGGGGCGAGCAGGGGGCGGGACCACCCCGCCAAGUAGGCGUGAUGCCUGUGGAGGGUGGAAGCAGCGGCAGCUCAGCCUCAGCUGCUCGUCACCCCAAACAAAAGCGCAAGGCUCACAGCCUGUCUAUUCGACGCACAAACAGCACAGAGGACAGGCCUCCUGGCAGCCAGAGAGCAGACAUGCUGGAGGGACAGGACUCCAAGCUGCCUCCGUCCCUGCGUAACAAUCUUCUAGAUCUUUUUGGCCAGAUUGAACGGGAGUUUGAAAGUCUGUACAUGGAAAACGUUGAACUACGACGGGAAAUUGAAUCCCUCAAUGAACGUCUGACUGGCGAUGGACAGAACAUGGAGGGAGGAGAUGCAUCCAAGGGAGCUCUGAAAACAAAAGCCAGCCACAGCACCAGCCAGCUGUCACAGAAGCUGAAGACCACCUACAAAGCCUCCACUAGCAAGAUCGUGUCCAGCUUCAAAGCCACGACAGGCUCCAGGGCUUUGUGUCAGCUGCAGAAGGAGUACGUCGCCCACCGGGAUGGAAUCUGGGACCUGAGUGUGACCAGAACUCAGCCUGUGGUUCUGGGAACCGCGUCAGCAGAUCAUUCAGCCCUGCUUUGGAGCAUAGAAACCGGGAAAUGUCUGCUAAAGUACGGUGGCCAUGCAGGAUCAGUCAACUCCAUCAAGUUCCAUCCCACAGAACAGAUGGCCCUCACAGCCUCCGGGGACCAGACGGCUCACGUCUGGCGCUACAUGGUGCAGCUACCCGCCCCCCAGCCCACGCCAGAUGUCAGUGCGCCGUGCGAGGACGAGCAGGACUCAUCAGACAGAGAAGAGGCCGAGGCGGACGGCGAGGGCCAUUGCGAGGCCCCCACUGUCCGGGUCGCUACGGCGACGCUGAAAAGCCACCAGGGUGUCGUCAUUGCCGCCGAUUGGCUGGUGGGCGGCCGGCAAGCGGUGACGGCUUCCUGGGAUCGUGCUGCCAACCUCUAUGAGGUGGAGACGUCUGAACUGGUGCACACGCUCACUGGCCAUGACCAGGAACUCACCCACUGCUGCACACACCCCACCCAGCGCCUGGUGGUCACCUCAUCCAGGGACACCACCUUCAGGCUGUGGGACUUCAGAGAUCCAUCCAUACACUCCGUCAACGUCUUCCAGGGACACACGGAUACGGUGACGUCGGCAGUGUUCACGGUGGGGGAUAACGUGGUUUCGGGCAGCGAUGAUCGCACGGUGAAGGUGUGGGAUCUGAAGAACAUGAGGUCACCCAUAGCAACCAUCCGCACAGACUCUGCUGUCAACAGGAUAAGCGUCUCUACCAACCAGAGGAUCAUCGCCUUGCCUCACGACAAUCGCCAAGUGCGCUUGUUUGACAUGAGCGGAGUGCGGCUGGCCCGACUGCCUCGCAGCAACAGGAUGGUAAGCAAGGGAAGGAAACACGUCUUUACCGUACAAACAUCCACGUAUGUGCAUGUGCAUGAACGCAGGGCCACAGGCGCAUGGUGUGCUGCACGGCGUGGAACGAGGAGAACCAAACAUGCAACCUCUUCACCUGCGGCUUUGACCGGCAGGCCAUCGGCUGGAACAUCAACAUCACCGCCCUGCUGCAGGAGAAAUGAACCCUGGCCAACACACGCAUGCACACAUCCCUCCACGUAGAAACACAACAUGCACACAUCCCUCCACGUAGAAACAUUACAUGCACACAUCCUCCACGUAGAAACAUAACAUGCACACAUCCUCCACGAAGAAACAUAACAUGCACACAUCCCUCCACGUAGAAAUAUAACAUGCACACAUCCCUCCACAUAGAAACACAACAUGCACACAUCCCUCCAUGUAGAAACAUAACAUGCACACAUCCCUCCACGUAGAAACACAACAUGCACACAUCCUCCACGUAGAAACACAACAUGCACACAUCCUCCACGUAGAAACAUAACAUGCACACAUCCUCCACGUAGAAACAUAACAUGCACACAUCCCUCCAUGUAGAAACAUAACAUGCACACAUCCCUCCACGUAGAAACACAACAUGCACACAUCCCUCCACAUAGAAACACAACAUGCACACAUCCCUCCACGUAGAAACAUAACAUGCACACAUCCCUCCACGUAGAAACACAACAUGCACACAUCCUCCACGUAGAAACACAACAUGCACACAUCCCUCCAUGUAGAAACAUAACAUGCACACAUCCCUCCACGUAGAAACAUAACAUGCACACAUCCCUCCACGAAGAAACAUAACAUGCACACAUCCCUCCACGAAGAAACAUAACAUGCACACAUCCCUCCACGUAGAAACACAACAUGCACACAUCCCUCCACGUAGAAACAAACAUGCACACAUCCCUCCACGUAGAAAUAUAACAUGCACACAUCCCUCCACGUAGAAACACAACAUGCACACAUCCCUCCACGUAGAAAUAUAACAUGCACACAUCCUCCACGUAGAAACAUAACAUGCACACAUCCCUCCACGUAGAAACAUAACAUGCACACAUCCCUCCACGUAGAAACACAACAUGCACACAUCCCUCCACGUAGAAACAUAACAUGCAAACAUCCCUCCACGUAGAAACAAACAUGCACACAUCCCUCCACGUAGAAACAUAACAUGCACACAUCCCUCCACGUAGAAACAUAACAUGCACACAUCCCUCCACGUAGAAACAUAACAUGCACACAUCCCUCCACGAAGAAACAUAACAUGCACACAUCCCUCCACGAAGAAACAUAACAUGCACACAUCCCUCCACGUAGAAACACAACAUGCACACAUCCCUCCACGUAGAAACAAACAUGCACACAUCCCUCCACGUAGAAACAUAACAUGCACACAUCCCUCCACGUAGAAACAUAACAUGCACACAUCCCUCCACGAAGAAACACAACAUGCACACAUCCCUCCACGUAGAAAUAUAACAUGCACACAUCCCUCCACGUAGAAACAUAACAUGCACACAUCCCUCCACGUAGAAACAUAACAUGCACACAUCCCUCCACGUAGAAACAUAACAUGCACACAUCCCUCCACGUAGAAACAAACAUGCACACAUCCCUCCACGUAGAAACAUAACAUGCACACAUCCCUCCACGUAGAAACAAACAUGCACACAUCCCUCCACGUAGAAACAUAACAUGCACACAUCCCUCCACGUAGAAACAUAACAUGCACACAUCCCUCCACGUAGAAAUAUAACAUGCACACAUCCUCCACGUAGAAACAUAACAUGCACACAUCCCUCCACGUAGAAACAUAACAUGCACACAUCCCUCCACGUAGAAACACAACAUGCACACAUCCCUCCACGUAGAAACAUAACAUGCACACAUCCCUCCACGUAGAAACACAACAUGCACACAUCCCUCCACGUAGAAACAUAAAAACAUAACAUGCUGACGCCACAGCAGCACAUUUACUGUAACAUUUAGUAACGUUUAGUGCCGUGUGAUAUGAAGAAGAGGCCAGUUGACGGAUGGUAGUGUCUUACAGCUACCUUUGUCUGUGAAGGACGUUAAUGAGGACCUGCUCCUCCUCCUUUGCCACAUGCUGACUUUCCAUGUAAGUUGCCUUGUUCCAUGUUUACUGUGUCUUUUAGUCAGCCUUCAAGUACUGUACGUCUUGCAAUAAUGCCUCAUUUUAGGGAUUUCUGAUGGAACUUUUUUCUGUAUUGUUACAUUCUCUGGUUACUGCUUGUAUAGAAACACUGAAGCAUCCUCGGUUAAGAAGUAUUGAACAUGUGAAGCCAGAAAGAAAUAGCUGUAGAUGUGCGCGUGUGCGUGUCGUUAUCAAGUAGAACUCUAAUAAAUGCAUUAGCGGGCGAACUAAUUGUGUUGGGCUGCACGCUGCAGAUAGGACUUUUAUUCCCUCCUUCUGUGUGCUAUCAAUGUCAAUUUCAUCUCCUGUGGGGGAGGAAAAGACAGGUGUGCUUUUUGGGCCCACAUCUGAAUCCCGCCUGGGAGGAAAUAUGAUUGGACGGCUAAGAAAGCUUCAUUGUUGCUCCAGCUUCAUUGGGUGAUCUCUGCAUCAUUUAUUCUGCUCUUCCACACCUUCCAAUAAAAAUGUGUGAUUUCCUUUUUG